GCGGAGGGGGGAGGGGGGGGGGAGUUGUUGGGGGAGAAAAAGCAAAACAGACGCGGCGGCGGUGAAGUUACUUGGCCGUUACUCACCGCGCUGACCAGCCCGCCUGCCGCGGAGAUGAGGGCGCAGCGCCGUCUGGCAGGACGGCACAGACAGACAGACAGCCUCCCGGGAGAGACGGCUCAUCCCGCGGGUGAAUAAGCGGAGAUAGGUGUAAUACACAAUGGAUUACUUACUGUCCUUGGAUUGAUACCAGUUAUAGCCGUGUGUCUGUAAAAACACACUUUGAUUUCUUUAACUGCUUAAAAAUGAAUGGGAGGUCAUGCAGUAUGAGCCAUCGGACAACAGAUAUUUCUCAUGGACCUGGGAUGAUCACUGGACAGCAAAUCCUACCUAUCAGAGUUCAUGCAGGAAUUCCCUGCGUAUCUUCAGAUAGCAGCAGCCAAAGCCCAGCUAUCGGAAACUUUUCUGCCAGCCUACACUUAAAGAUGCCCCUAGGAGGAGGGGUAGCUCCUCAGAGCAACAUCAUUGACAGUACCAUUCACUUUCCCGCUCUAAGUCCCAGAAGACAAGUGGUUACAAAUGGGAAGCCUUUAUCUGAAGUCCUGCAGCCCCCAGGACUGCCAGCCCCACAAUCCUUAAAGCCAAAACAGCAAGAAUUUGGAAACAUGUUCUCCCCAUGCACAAGUAAAGGAGGCCUUGGUUAUGGAUCCCAGUGUAAGUCCAAUGAAAAAGGCAGCUGCAACAAUCUAGUAGUCACCAGCAGUCCCAUGACAGUUCAGCGGCUGGGACCUGUUUCACCUCCUGCUAAUCAAGUUUCAACAGCAUGCAACCAGAUCACCUCUACCCUACAGAGGUCUAUGGAUGCUUCCAGCCUGAGCGUUCCUCCAUCAGAUACAAGGUCACUCUUGUCGCGUGAGUCUCUGGCCUCUACAACAUCAAGCUUGUCAGAAAGUCAGUCCACUUUGAGUGUUAAGCAAGAAUGGUCGCAUGGGUACAGGACACUUCCUUCUUUUCCUCCUGAACAAGGUUUACAAAAUGGUAGUGAGCUGAGGGACUUACUAAAUUUUCCACCUGCAACAUCUGUGUCCAGUAGCUGUGUAUCUAACUCAUUGCCAUCCUACUUAUUUGGCAUGGAAAAUAGCCAUUCCUCUUAUCCUAGUUCUCGCCAUUCCUCUUCCCGGUCUCAAUCUACCCGCUCCAAAAAGAGAGCACUCUCUCUUUCUCCUCUGUCUGAUGGCAUUGGGAUUGACUUCAAUACAAUCAUCCGUACAUCCCCAACCUCUCUAGUGGCCUACAUCAACAGCUCCAGGACAUCACCAGCUAACGUCUCCCCACAGCCUGAGGUUUAUGGACAUUUUUUGGGAGUGCGUGGAAGCUGUAUACCCCAAAACUACUCUGUUCCAGCUGCCCAGAAAGGUCUUCUCAUGGCUAAUGGCAAUAUCACCUCCCCAGAGUACAUUGAGAAUAGCACUGGUGAAUACCAGCGGAUGCAGCAGUUGGAGCAAGCCAGCCUGCAGAUGGAAACCACAACUAACAUGGUGAUCCAGCAGGGCAUGCCUCCCAUGGACAGCCAGGCCAUGAGUUCCCUGAAAAACGAACAGCUGGAUGAAUUCUCAGGCCAUACAGUUGACAUGCCUCCUCCACCUCCUCUGCCACCACCUCCUCCACAAGGGCCUCCACCACCAUACCAUGCUCACCAGCACCGACAUGUGCACAGCCUCUCCGGUCACAUGCAGCCUCUGCCUGUAGCUCCAUCUACCCCAUGCCCACAGCUUGAAGAAGAUGGAGAGCUGGAUGAUUUCAAUGGCAAGCAUGGCUGUUGCUGGAUUGACUGCAAUGCACUGUAUGACCAGCAAGAGGAACUUGUGCGGCACAUAGAGAAGAUCCAUAUAGACCAGAGGAAGGGAGAAGACUUCACGUGCUUCUGGGCUGGGUGCCCACGAAGGUUCAAGCCGUUUAACGCCAGGUAUAAACUACUGAUUCACAUGAGAGUCCACUCAGGAGAGAAGCCAAACAAAUGCACAUUUGAGGGCUGCAAGAAGGCCUUUUCCAGACUAGAAAACCUCAAGAUUCACUUAAGGAGCCAUACAGGCGAAAAGCCGUAUCUUUGUCAGCACCCUGGCUGCCAGAAAGCAUUCAGCAACUCCAGCGACCGUGCCAAGCACCAGAGGACACACCUAGACACUAAACCUUAUGCAUGUCAAAUUGCAGGAUGUACUAAACGAUACACAGAUCCGAGCUCCCUGAGAAAACAUGUGAAAGCACAUUCUUCCAAAGACCAGCAAGUUAGGAAAAAGUUGCGAUCAAGCUCAGAGCUUGGCCAGGACAUCCUGAACGACUGCCUCACAAUCCAGCCCCUCCAGCCAGCCCCAUCACCACAUGAUGUUGUGGAUAAUACCAUGGGACACUCCCCAGGGCCUAUGCAUGAUAUUUACUCAGCAUCUGUGUUUCCCAGCACGCAAAUAACUCGAAAUGGAACAGUGGCUGGGGCAGUGUCUUUGUCCCAGCCCAGCAGCCACCUGUCCCCAGCAUGUAACGUACAAAGUAGUCCUCUCCGUCCUUCUUCCCAGUUACCUCUUCUCUCAGCUGUGGACUCCGAGAGGUUUGUUGCUCUGACUCCUCCUCCUCAACACAUCAGUCCCCAAAGAAUUUCAGUUCCUCCUCCCAUGAUGCAGAGACAGACUCCACAGACUCCCCGUCUUCAGCAGCCUGAAGGAUUGCAUCUAAAGACAUACCAGUCAGCUUCAAGUCCUUCCUUUCAACCAAAUAGUCUCCACAUCCAAGGUUUUUAUGGUCAGCUUCAGACUUUCUGCCCUCCCCAUUAUCCUGACUCUCAGAAGAAUGUACAACACAAUGUUUCUUGCAGUAUGGUUCCUCCCUUUGAAGACUGCUUAUUACCUACAUCAGUGGGCCAGGCAGGGCUUGGUGUUUUUCGUCGAACUUUUUCAGCUCACUCUGGUAUUACAGUUUAUGACUUUCCAGCAGGGCCCACAGGCGUCUUUGGUGAUUCAGCCCGCAGCAUGCCAGAGGAUAGCAGUUUCCUACAAAUAAAUGCAGUGGAUCGUUGUCCCAGCCAGCUUUCUUCUGUCUACACUGAAAGCUAAAACCAUCUAACUCUGACAAGAACUUUGUUCCAUUUCAUCUUGCCCUUCUGAUAUUUCUUUACAAUUUUUUUCUCUCCAUAAUACUACCAUGUAUGUAUGGGGAUAUGGGUUAAUAUACAUA